AUGGAAGGUAGUCUCAGACCUCGUGGAGUUGCUAUGCUCACUGCCAUAGCUCCUGACUCUCAAUACAUUGACAUGAAUGAUCCUUGGAGUGGUCGCCCACAGCCCGGCGAUUAUUUAGUUGUUCGUCUGGAUCCAUCGCCAACAUUUUCUAAGGCCCUCGUUUUACUUGACGCCUUUUCAGACCCUUUGAGGCGUGUCUUAUUCGAGCCUUCUCUGUCUCCUUACUGGCUGCUUGCAACUUCAUCAGGCAGCUCAGAACGUGCAUCUUCCUUCUCUCUAGUCCGAGAUGCUGUUUCCCCUUCUAGAAUAGACUCACUUGCACAGACAAUAUCAGACAUUCCUUCAAAAAUGACUACUGAUCCGCCAAGUCUUGAAAGCCAUCUGUUAUCUUCAUCCGACGCACACUGGUCUGCUCCCUGGCAGAGGCCUAGCCUUUCGAAUCUUCUUCAUCGCGACAACCAAUCGGUUUUUCAUCGUAUCUACCUCCCGGUCGACCUGAUUAAUUUCUCUCCUGUUCUGCCCGCUGUCACUGUGGUCUUGCGAGCUCAUAAUUGUCACGACGCUACUGGUUAA